AUGCCACCAGCUCCAGCCGACAAGACCGGGGAGACGGUCCCAGACAAGGAUGCCACCUACUCUGCCGGCCCGGGGAGCUCGCAGUCCCGCGAGGACGUGGUGGCCGGGAGCGGCAGCAGCGGCUACGGCUCGUCGGACGAGCACCCCUUCAGCGACCCCGAGGUCGCGGCCCGCUGGCGCGGCGUGUACGAGAAGGCCCGGUACGAGAACAGACACCGCUUCGACCCGGGCUACAAGUGGACGGCCGAGGAGGAGAAGAAGCUAGUCCGGAAAAUCGACCGCCGCAUCAUGGUGUGGGCGUGGGUCAUGUUCUGCGCGCUCGAUCUGCAUCGCCGCAACAUCAACCGCGCCAUAUCGGACAAUAUGUUGCCGGAAAUUGGCAUGGACACAAACGACUUCAACUACGGACAGACCAUCUUCCUGGCCUCAUUCCUCGCUGCUGAGCUGCCCAGUGGCCUCAUCAGCAAGCGGCUCGGUGCAGACCGCUGGAUACCGACCAUCAUGCUCGGGUGGUCCAUCGUGGCCGGCGCCCAGGCUUUCAUCCAUAACAAAGCUAGCUUUUACGCCAUCAAGGUUCUCCUGGGAAUGCUGAUGGGAGGGUUCAUCCCGGAUAUUGUCUUGUGGCUCACAUACUUCUACACCUCUGGGGAACUGCCCACCCGCCUGGCGUGGUUCUGGACGGCCCUCAGCACCGUCCAGAUCUUCAGUUCCUUCCUCGCAGCGGGAAUUCUGCAGAUGCGAGGGAUCCUAGGGUGGUCUGGCUGGCGAUGGCUAUUCCUGAUCGAAGCCAUCAUCACCGUCUUCAUCGGCCUCUUCUCCUGGGUGCUGAUGCCUCCCGGGCCGACGCAGACGCGCAAUUGGUUCCGCGGCAGGGACGGCUGGUUCACGGAGCACGAGGAGAACAUCAUGGUCAACAGGCUGCUGCGCGACGACCCGUCAAAGGGCGACAUGAACAACCGGCAGGCCGUCGGCUUGCCGCUGCUGUGGAAGGCCGUCAACGACUGGGAGCAGUGGCCGCUCUACCUGAUCGGCCUGACGGCCUACAUCCCGCCCGCCCCGCCCAACACGUACUUGUCCUUCAUCCUGCGCCAGCUGGGCUUCUCCGUCUUUGAGGCGAACCUGCUCGCCAUCCCGUCGCAGGUCCUGUUCGCCGCGCAGCUGCUGUUCGUGACGUGGCUGUCCCGGAAGUUCCAGGAGCGCGCCAUCGUGGCCUCCUCCUCCAACAUCUGGUUCCUCCCCUGGCUCGUGGCCCUCGUCACCAUCCCCGCCAGCGCCUCGCCCUGGGUCCGGUACGCGAUCCUGACGGGCAUGCUGUCGUACCCCUACUGCCACGCCAUCCUGGUGGCCUGGAACGCGAGCAACAGCAACAGCGUGCGCACGCGCGCCGUCUCGGCGGCGCUGUACAACAUGUUUGUGCAAAGCGGCAACAUCAUCGCCACAAACAUCUACAGGGACGACGACAAGCCGCUGUACACCCGGGGGAACAAGAUCCUGCUGGGCAUCACCUGCCUCAACAUUGUCUUGUUCUACCUCGUCAAGGCAUUUUAUAUCUGGCGCAACCGCGUGCGCGACGUCAAGUGGAACGCCAUGACGGCGCAGGAGAAGCAGCACUACCAGCUCACCACGGCGGACGAAGGGAUGAAAAGGUUGGAUUUUCGGUUUGUUCAUUAG